AUGGUGAAAAAUCGAUUGUUGCACCUCAGCACCGCACUGUUGCUGCUGGCGGCGGCAGUGGACAGAAGUGUCGUAAGCGCUGGCCGACCCGCGUGGAAGUGGCUCCUGGAUUCGUCCGACGUUACGCUCAUCGGGCCCGGGCAGGACGAUUGGAGCGGAACGCCCGAAUCGCCAGUUCCGGACCGUCGCCAGGCAGUGGACGAGUCUUACCGAUUGCCCAACAACACCGCACCGGUCCACUACACGCUGGCCCUGCGAACUGCGAUCCACGAAAAUGAUCGACAGUUCAGUGGCACCGUCACGAUCCUGCUGCAGGUUCUCGAGCCCUCCAUCACGAUUACCGUGCUAAACCGUGGGCUGGUGGUGCAGCGUGCAAGUCUUCGGGACGAGAGCGGUGUGACCGAGCUGGAGCAACCGGCCUACGAGACCGAUCCCGUCACGGAACAUCUAACCUUUACGCUGGCCCAGCUACUGCAACCCGGCUCGCGCUAUUCCCUGCGCAUCGAGUUUACCGGGACGCUCCAGAACAACAACAAUAUGGGCUUCUUCGCUUCCUCGUACCUGGACAACGACGGCAUCCGGCACUACUUGGCCUCGAGCAAGUUCGAACCGACGCACGCCCGGUCGGCGUUCCCGUGCUACGAUGAGCCCCUGCUGAAGGCCACCUUCGACCUGCACCUAACGCACGCGGCCACGUACAAUGCGGUCGCGAAUAUGCCCGCACUCGGCGCUCCCGAGCCGGAUCCGGAUAACGCCGCGUACGUCACGACUCGGUUCGUGACAUCGCAGAUAAUGUCCACCUAUCUGGUGGCGUUCGCGGUGAGCGAUUUCCAGAUUCGUACCGCUGGCCAGCAAACGGUGUACGCCCGAUCGAACGUCUUCGAGGAGACGGAAUUCCCGCUGGACAUGGGCAACAAGGUGCUGGACGCGCUCAGUGCUUACACGGACGUUUCGUACUACGACUUUAUGCCCAAGAUGACGCAGAUUGCCAUCCCCGAUCGGGGAACGGGAGCGAUGGAGAACUGGGGACUCGUCGCUUAUGGAGAGCCCGUCUUGUUGUUCAAUCCGGCCAUUAACACGUAUCGCAACCGGAAGAGCGUCACGACGAUCAUCGCCCACGAGUACGCCCACCAGUGGUUCGGCAAUCUCGUGAGCCCCCACUGGUGGGAGUGGAUCUGGCUGAACGAAGGCUUUGCCACGGUGUACGAGUACCUCGCGGCCCAGCUGGCCCACCCGGAGGGCAACUACUGGGAGCUGUUCACCAUCGAGGUGGUGCAGAAUGCGUUCGCGGCCGACGCAAGUGAAACGGUCCGUCCGAUGAACUGGAACGCCGGGUCACCGAACGAAAUCGCGGCCCUGUUCGACACGGUGGCGUACGAUAAGUCGGGCAGCGUGCUGAACAUGUUCCGCGAGGCCUUCGGCGACGCGAACUGGCGCCAGGGUCUGAACAGAUAUCUGGGCGAGCGCAAACUGGACGGUGCCACGGCGGACCACUUGUAUGCCGGAAUUCACGAUGCCCUACAAGCCAGUGGUGUCGCCGCCCAGCUGUUGCCGGCCGGCUUUAGUGUGCGCGACCUGAUGGAGUCGUGGACUUCGGCCCCCGGGUUCCCGGUGCUGACCGUGCGCCGGACGUACACGGACGAACGGAGUAUUAUACUGUCCCAGGAGCGGUUCCUCUCCAACAAGCAGCUCCCGGACAGCCACGUGUACCACGUUCCGUACGACUUCACCGACGCCGAUACGCGUGACUUUACGCCCUCGCCCACCGCUUUCCACUGGCUGUCGGUGAAGGCGGCCAAAAUAGUGACCAACGUUCCGCACGACAAGUGGAUCAUCUGCAACCGCCAGCAGACGGGCUACUAUCGCGUGAACUACGAUCCCGACAACUGGGCGCUGAUCAUCGAUGCGCUCCGUUCCGACCCGACCCAGAUCCAUCACCUGAACCGUGCGCAGCUCGUGAACGAUGCGUACAACCUGGCACGGGCCGAGCGGCUGGACCUGGGCGUGGCACUACGGCUGAUGACGUACCUGAGGCGGGAAACGGAGUACGCACCGUGGUCGGCUGCCGGGAGCGCACUGACGUACUUCUACAACAAACUGCGCGGCACGGACUCGUACGAGCACUUCCGCACGUACGUCAACUACAUCCUGGCCGAUGCGUACGCGCUACUACCGAUCGACAGCGUCACCGGGACGGAGACGAUGCUGCAGCUGUACCUCAAACAGUUCAUCACGACCUGGGCCUGCCGCAUCGAUCACGCGGAUUGUCUCCAACGAACGGGUCAAGCGCUUACCGCAGCUCACACCGCCGGCACUGCCGUCCAUCCGGACGUCAGCACCGCCGUGUACUGCAACGGAAUGGUCGCUGCCAGCGAUGAGCAGUUCGUUUGGGUGUACGAUCAGUUUAAGAACUCACGCAACCAAGCCCACCGUAUGGUGCUGAUCGAUGCGUUGGCUUGUGCGCAGAAACCGUCCCAACUGGAAUCGCUCCUCACGGUGGCGCUGGGCAGUGGCAGCGACUUUAACGCGCUCCUUGCCAGCGAACGGACACGCAUCGUUUCCGCCGUCUACGGAGCGAGCCGGGCCGGUGUGGAUGCGGUGAUCGACUUCCUUUCGGUUCCCACGAACGUGGUGGAAUUCGUCCAGGUACUCGGCCAAUCGACCCUAAACAGUGCCGUGUCGAACGUUGCUUCGCGAACGAACAACGCCAACGAACUGGCCCGCCUGAACGGUCUGCUGACCAAUCUCGGUACGGCCGUAACGGAGACGACGGCCGCCAAUGCUCGGGCGACGGCAGAGAAUAACUUCGGUUGGUUCACCACCUACGAGGGGCUGGUGGCGGUCGAGUUCUUUGAGAAGUUUGCCACCACACCGCAAGAGUUGUAA